AUGUUUCUUGGGCAGCCGAUAGAAUUUGUAACUGAAAAUUGGCUGGCAAACAGUAUUUUCGUUCUAUGGAUUUGGUUUUGCCUUGUAAUACGAGUAGCAUACCAAAGCGAUCUUGUGGAAAGGUUUGAAUUAACAAUUUUAGAGCCACGUGUGAGUACUGCGAGUGAGGCAUUGCAGAUGGUAGACGGUCACGGCGGCUUCGCCUCUGUCAAAGAUUAUUUUCAGAAUACGCCUAUGGAAAUAAACUAUCAGGACAUAAAAUUAAAUGAAACUUCAAAUUACAUCAAUAAGAUCGCGAAUGGGACAAGAUUCCUUUUGGUUACGAAUGAAAUUUUGAUUAAAUACUUCAACCCAGAAGUUCGAAUACUGGACGAACGAGUGACAAGUAUCCCAGCAUGCUUCUAUAUGCGUCCGCGCUGGCCUGCCAUACAUGAAUUUAAUAAACUAAUUGAAAGAAUUACUGAGACCGGCUUUGUAAAUAAAAUCUUAAGCGAUUACAUACAUAACAGUACAUCCAGAAGGAGGUUAUCACAGACAAAAAGUCCCAAGCCUUUGGAAUUAUCCAUUCUCAUAGCUUGCUUUAAUGGUCUAAUGAUUUCGUACAUAAUAUGCGCCAUGAUUCUCGUAGGGGAACUUUAUUGCUAUAAAAUACAACGUAGGCGCUCUGCUUGA